AUGGCGCUACUUCUCGCCCCUUACAACAAUGCUAUGCGCAUUGGUCAAGGAUUCAACUCCUAUACACAGCAAAUCUGCGUUGAUGAUGCGGUCCUGGUUGAUCCCGACCGGGCGGAGAAUGUUGUAACAAAUGACCUGAUCGGUGUUGAUACAGAUGGAACCACAAUGCGGAUCCUGGUCCAAUCGAUGGGCAAGCCUAGUGCUUGGUCUCGCCAGAGGGAGAUUGUGCAUGAGAACGUGAAGGUAGUGGAGAGCAGCACCUCAAAGAGUAAAGAUGGAACGGCCAUGACCAUUACCUCUAACUCGGAGUGUUCUGACGAUACUCCUGUGGCGGAGGAACAGAAGAUGUUGGAAGCUCCAAAGCAGAGGCCUCAGCAGAAGCCAGACAGUGCACCUUUUCCGGAGGGGAAAGAUGCCCCGGAAGACACCACGAAGCUGUUGGAAGAGAAGGAUGCUGAGCCGCAAAGCAAUGCCAUUGGCGAGCAUCAAGAGUCAAAAGAGGCCCCGGAAACAGACGACUUGACAGAGGCGGAGGAUAAGACACCUGAAACUGCAUCGGCUCCCUCCGGGACAUCUGAACCCCCAGCAAAGACCCCGGAAAUAACAAACGAUACGACUGCAGCCACAAAUGAACCAACGACAAUCGAACUAACUCAAGCUGAGCUGUAUGCUCAAACCGGCUCUGCUGAUGCUUAUCAGACAGCUGUCGAGACGGGUGAUGCCACUAAGCCUAGAAGUAGCAGCAGCAAAGUUCAAACAGCGACUCGCGCUCGAUCGUCCUCAGCUGGUGGGCCCGCCCCCGUAACGUCCUCAGGCAAAGAGCUCACUCUCACGAAACCUCGCAAGGCAUCACAAUAUGGCCCGUUGGUAACGAGAAAUCCGGGCUCUGCUUUGACACCUGCUGAGGUGGAGGCCGAAGCUCGUGAGCGGGAAGAAGAGCGGAAAGAGGAGCGGGAACGGCUGAAAGAGCACCGCGAAUAUCAGAAGCAACUGCAGCGGGAGGCCCGCGAGGAAGAAAAGCAACGCCGUGCCGAGAAGCGACAAGAGGAAAAGGCAAGGCGCGAGGAACAGAGAAAGAAUGUCGAGUGGGCCGUACAGACCGAGAAGUACUCUAAGGAAGAGGUGCAGAAGAUGCUCGCUUCCAAUCAGUUUGUCGAGCGGUUUAGUGGAAUGUUGGAGAACGAGCAGGAUUACAUCUUCGAUCCUACGGCUGCACGCGGCCCCAGCCAAACCGUGACCUACACCAGUCGCUUCGUUGAUCGCCUUAGCGAUGUGACCGACAACAUGGCCAUCUCCGGAAGUCUGUCUAUCAAGGCCGGCAAGAUUGGUGGCUCUGGAUCCGGAGCGUUCAUUGACUCGGAUAAGUUCAAGUCUAGCGAUCUGAACUACUACCUCAACGUCAAGGUCAUCAACCAAACCAUCAAUUUCAAGGAUGCGCUGGUGUUCAAUCCACUGCGCUCUGUCGACGCCAAUAUCUUCCGCGAGGUGUAUGGGGAUAGUUUCAUCUCCGGAUUUCUGGAAGGUGGCGAGUUCAACGCAAUUGUCAGUAUCAAGAUCCUCAACAAGGCUAAGAAAACCGAUAUCGCCGCCUCGGCAAAAGUCGCGUUCACUACAGGCCCAAUGGAUAUCAAGGCCGAGGCGGAAGUCAACAUGGCACGCGCGAAUAUUGAAACAAACACCGAGACCACCAUCCAGGUUAAUUGGUCCGGUGGCGGCCAUAUCAAACCCAUGGAGCAGCAAUGGGAUAUCAAAAGUCUCAUGCAGGCUGCCGCCCGAUUUCCUGACCUGGUGGCCGAAUGCCCCCAGCGUAUCUACGCGAUUUUGACCAAGUAUGACACGCUGCGCAGCUUCGUGCGCCUUAAGCCGGCAAGCUACACGCCGCUCCAGUAUGAGAAUGCUCAGUUGUACACGAACUCUUUGAUGGAGGCGUAUAUGACUUACAAGGCAAUGCACAAGCAGAUCGGCGCAGAUAUCUUCGCCAUUCAGAACAAGACAAAGCUAGUCGUUCCCUGGCCGAAGGAUAAGGUGACCUCGAAGGAAGUCCUGGGUGACAAAGCACCUUUUACCGCCAAUCUUGCGGGACUGGAGGAGUGUCGCAAGCACAUUCUGCGGCAGAUGGCCCGCAUUGUAAAUGAAGUCGACCUGAUCGAGAAAGAUCCCAAGGUCGCGACCGACGAAGAUCACGUGGAGCCGUUCCAGAGUCCACUGGUGUUUGAGACCCGUGUGCCUGUCAUUGAAUGGACUGAGGAGGCAAAUCCCGACAACAAGGCGCCCCUGGAUGGGAGCGUAGCCGUCGUCUUGACCGAAGCGCAAAAAAAGGCGAAGGCUGCACAAGCGGAGAUGGCCAAGCGAGCCCGGCAGCUAUUUGCAGAUGAGACCCAGUUCAAUGAGGAAGAGAAGCAGUCGUUGGUGGCGCUACACGGAAACCGCCAAUUCAUUGGAGAGCAUCUUCAGGUCACGAAGCCCGUUGGUUCGGAAACCAAGGGCACCUUCUUCAAUAACAUUGACUUCCUCCAAUCCGAUUGGUUGGUGACCUCCGUGCGCGUGCAGAUAGCUGAGGGCGCUCUGGGAGCCGUCAUCGUACACUACGCCAAUGGACUGAUUCUCACCCGCGGCAAGGCCCACGAGAGGGAACCGUUCAUCGAACUCACCAAUUUCGCGCGCGGGGAGCGGGUGACCUCUGCAGCCAUCGAGACAGGCAACAGGCCCAACAGCGGUGCAGGCGAUACCCGCGUGGUGGCGCUCUAUCUCUACACCAACCGCGGGCGGCACCUGGAGGGCGUGGCGUCGCAGAAUCGCCCCAAAGGGCAGACCUCGGCGAUGCGCGAUCAGGUGGAGUACGAGAAUCUCGCAACCAUCUAUUUCGACGCCCCCUUCGAGAAGGGCACUGUCAAGGGCUUCAUCGGCCGCAGUGACGACACACACGGUGCAGUCUGGCGCCUGGGCAUUGUCUGGGGCGACUUAGAGAAAGAUCAGCCUCGUGCACAGGAAGACGAUUCCGAGUCUGCGGCCUUCGGAGUGUCGCGGUCUGGGGUCUGGAACAGUAAGCACAUCCCCGGCGAACUUUCGAAGGGCGAGACCGUGAAGUUCGACAUCCCAUUCGAGAAUAUCCCCCGGCUGCUCCACGGCCUAUGUCUGGUCGAUCUGAUCAGCGAUCCUCAUUGGGCUCGCGGGCGAACUAAUGUCGCCAACGUCCAGAAGACUGGUUUCGAGAUCAACGUGGCCGGCGACCAAAAGGGCGAUGUCUUCAGCGUACGCUCAUCCUGGCUCACGCUGCCGGACAACGAGGUCAACUUCCACCACGGAACGUGCGACACCCGCGUGAUGACCGACAACGCCGGCAACCUCAGCAGUUUCUACAUCCAGUUCCCUCAAGCGUACAAGUCUCGCCCUCAGGCCAUUGCGUGGUUUACGGGAUUCGACCUCGGUCCGCCGAAUACGGAGAAGCAACAGGACAAGUGGAAGGUCCGCACGUAUGUCAAGAAUGUCACGCCGACGGGGCUGGUCGUUGUCGUCGAGACCUGGGAUUGGGCCCAAUUCCGCUCCGCGCAGGUCGGCUGGUGUGCCUGGGACGCCGAGUUCGACGACAAGAAGGUGCGUUCGGGCCAGCGCGACUGGAAGCAGGGUGGUUCCGGAGUGUUGAGUAUUCCCUGGCCGGAGAAUGCGUGGAGCAGUGCCGGCGCGCCCUCGUUCUUCACGGCUAUCUCUUCCUUCUCGGCCCGCAGCAAUGCCACGCUGCGGUUGCAGGCGGAGAUGAAGAGCAAUUCGACGCAGCGGACGGAGGUCGACUUCAAGCCGGCGAGCUUUCCCUCCCUCCGUACGGUCAUUGGGGGUGGUGAGCUCAUGUCGCAAAGCGAGAUCGAUACAUGGGGUCCGCACGUCCGGCUGCUGAAUGUUUAUGGCCCGGCUGAAUGCUGCGUGCUGUCAACGGUGCAGAACCAAAUCACCCUGGAGAGCGAUCCGCGCGACAUCGGCUGGACCACGGGCUGUGUUGGGUGGGUUGUCGGUCCCUCGGACGUCGACCGCUUGAUGCCCAUCGGCUCAGUUGGCGAACUGCUGAUCCAAGGGCACACCGUCGGUCGAGGUUAUCUGGGUGAUGUGAUGGUGGAUGGCGGUGCGCAGUUGGUGGCUUUCCUGAAGCCGGCCGGCAGUGAUCAUGGUUCGCACGCGCUCUUCCUCCCCCCGACACCAGAUUUCCAUGACUCCGUUACCCAAGCGACCGCCUCUCUGCGACGAACAGUUCCAAGGUAUAUCAUUGCGGCUAUUUUCUUGCCAAUCAGUCUGAUCUUACGGACGGCAUCCGAUAAAGUCGAUCGUCGACGUCUGCGAGAGACCGCUGGUAGCUUGUCGCGCAUCAGCUGCAGAGCUACAGGCAACUGCGUCCCGGGAAGCAAGCCGCCCUUAAAUCAAUCUUCUCGCUCGUCACAUGGCUGGACACAACAACGAGGCUAUCGUGGGAAUAAGCAUCAACACCAAAAAAUAACUUUGCUAAUGUUGUCAACGAAGAGAGGGCUUGCCUUCAAUAAGUCACAUACGACCACAGGGUGUGGAAAACAGGGCUUCCCGUCCGCUCAGCCGUACUUAAGCCACACGCCGGGAGGCAAGGUAGCCGAAGCGCGGCAGAAGGGGUACUUGAUACGCAUAGGACAAGAUGACGAGGAGUCGGAACAGCUUUCCAAUCUGGAAAUCCUAACACAUGAAUCACUGCUUCACAUCAUAACCUUCAUGGCAACCGCCAUCGCAGUCUUGACAACGCUAGGGACUUGGAUUGCCGUGUUCCGCCAUGAAUUCGAGGACCUACUGCGUUACAUUCUCAGACAACUCACAUCAGACGGAUCUUUACCGACGGCGACCGAACGUUCUGUCGCUACCCUCGAGACCUUGGUCGAGCUGAAGCAAGACCAGCUGCGCGCCACCAAGGCUCUCUUGCUCCUGCAACGACAGCACAACGAGAACAUGAAGGCGAAACUUGAGAAGAUAAUUCAGUUAAUCGAGGACAUUCGCGAACUAAAGUUUGGACAGCUUCCUACCAGGACCUAA